CUAUGUUGUCAGUAGUGAAUGUAGUUUGGAAUCCAGUGGAGUGGAAGACAUUCUGGAAAAGACUGGAUAACUUAGGAAAAGAUUGGCCUAUCACUGAGAAUACAAGCCCCUAUCUGAUUGUAAUCCUACAGUGUAUACUGUUCUCUAUGCUGUUGAUCCUACAAUCCAAUGAAGAUCUGUGGAAUAUCAUAUUAUUCACAAAAGUGACCUUCACAACUAUUGUUCAAGCACUACACUAUGACGUCAUCUGCGUGCUAGUAUUAAUAGUAAAAGAAAAAGCAAGACUGGUGAACAAAAGUCUAAUGGCUGGCGAAGUCAAAGCCAAGCAACUGAGAAAGGUUACAAAUUUCUACAACGAGCUGCAUGAUUUCAUACGUCAGUUUAGUGGAUUUUAUUCUUGGCAGAUACUUCUGACUUUUCUGGCAUGUUUUCUCAACCUACUGUACGUUAUUGGGUUCAAGAUGUUGCAUAACGAUGAUGAAAGAAUUGCAGGCGUUACGUGGACACUUGUAGCAUCAGUAUCAGUGUUUCAUAGUCUGAUGGGCCCCUUCGUGAUAACAUUUUGUUGUGAUACAACAAAGACUGAAUUUCGGAAAAUAUUUAAGACAUGCUACAACUUGGAGCAAAGUGCUGUUUACACGAAUGAAGAUAAGAAGGAGUUGAAACUUCUAGUGGAGCAAUUCACAACUGACCCACCAGUAUUCACAGCUGCUGGGUUCUUCGAGAUAAAUCGAUCCAACUUGAUGUCAUUCUUCAGUUCAACUGCCAUGUAUAUACUUGUUAUUAUCCAACUAAGGAAUCAUAAAUUCUGA